AUGCAAAUGCAUGAUGUUGAUGAUCUGCAUGGUUUGACAAGGCUUGAAUCUGUUGGUGAUGAUCAAGAUCCUAAUUUUAUCCCUGAAGAAGAUGAUACUGAUAUGUGGCUUGAUGGAGAUCCUAGAGAUCUACUUGAUGUUGACGACUCUUCCAUUUUCUACACUGACUUCCCCCCUCUCCCUGAUUUUCCAUGCAUCUCAUCUUCUUCGUCUUCAUCAGCUUCCCUUCCUACUCCGGCACCGGAACCGGCACCAGUAAAUGUGACUGUAUGUCGGUCUUCUUCGUCUUUCUCGUCGUCGUCUUCGUCUUCGUCUGUUUCAUGGAACAUCUUAAAGUCGGAUGCUGAAGGGAUUACUGUAGAGGAGAAAAUUAAGGAUUUCUGUAUCGAUGCAACGGUGCAACAACCUUCAGAACAACCUUCGGAUUCAAUGGAGAAUUUCCCUCCUCAGAUCGAUAUGGAUUGCAUCGACGUCCUGCAGGAGCUUGGAGACAUGGAUCUUAUUGAUACUAACGAUAUGUGGGACCCUAAUUCUAUGUUCCCUUGCGAGAACCUUGUAGAUGAUAAUCAAGAGCAAGAACAGGAACAACAGCAACAACACCAGCAAGAGUUGCAGCAACAAGAACAAGAGGAGGGCCCACUAGAUGAAUUGCCAUCAGAAGAUCUAGGGAUGGUGUUCUUAGACUGGCUGAAAUCAAACAAGGAAUCCAUCUCGGCCGAGGAUUUGAGAAGCAUCAAGCUUAAGAAAUCAACGAUCGAGUGUGCGGCUCAGCGUCUUGGCGGUGGAAAGGAAGGGAUGAAACAGUUGCUGAAACUGAUCCUUGAGUGGGUGCAGAAUCAUCACCUGCACAAGCGCCGCAUGCAAUCCGUACAACACACAGCACUGUUUCGAUUUCCACCUAUGCUUGGCUACAUAGGAGACCAAGCACCUUUCACUCACCCUGUUGAUUAUCCCAAUCCCAUGAUUGACACAGCAGCAACUUGGCCUCCAUCACCUUCUCUCCCUCCACAUUUCUCUCUAUAUAAUGCCUACAGAGAACAGCAUUUUAAUCCUGCACCGGCACCACUGCAAGGGCUCGGCUCCGGUGGCUUUGGGAACCAGUACACGUGUCAUUCACAGAUGGUGCAAGGGCAGGAAGAGAGGUUAGUGAAGAUGGGUUCUUCGGCAACGAAAGAAGCGAGGAAGAAGAGAAUGGCUCGGCAGAGAAGGUUCCUUUCCCAUCACCGUAGCCAGUCUCAUAAUCAUCACCAGAGACAAAAUUCCAAUAGUGUUGAUCAGCAUGCAAGGCUUGCUAGUGAUGCCAAUUGCACUACUAUUGCAAGCCAUGCAAACCCUGGGAGUGGUAACUGGGUGUUUUGGCCAUCUACGGCUGCCGCUGCAACCACCACCACCGUGAUGUCAUCUGAUGUUGCGGCGGCUAUGACUUCUGAUCGGUCGCCUCUGCAACCACAUCAUCAGCGGCAAGUCAUUCCGGAUAGGCGUCAGGGAUGGAAACAGGAGAAAAACUGGAGAUUUCUGCUGCAGAAAGUGUUGAAGCAAAGCGAUGUGGGUAAUCUCGGGAGGAUAGUAUUACCAAAAAAGGAAGCAGAGACCCAUCUACCGGAGCUGGAGGCAAGGGAUGGAAUCUCUAUCGCCAUGGAAGAUAUCGUAACCUCUCGCAUCUGGAAUAUGCGUUACAGGUUCUGGCCUAAUAACAAAAGUAGAAUGUAUCUUCUCGAGAAUACAGGAGAUUUUGUGCGCUCCAAUGGCCUCCAAGAGGGAGAUUUUAUAGUUAUCUACUCAGAUAUAAAAUCUGGCAAAUAUAUGAUAAGAGGAGUGAAGGUAAGGCAACCGGGAUCGAAAUUGGAGGCGAAAAGAGGUGGAAAGCCACAAAGAAAUCUGCAUGCAACGUCACCCUCUCAAGCUGGUGACGGCGGCCCCUCUUCAUCCUCUCCCGUCAAAGAGACUCUGACUUAA